AUGAAGUGGUUGCUUCUGUGUUUCCAUCUUUUUUUCUUUCAUUUUCCAUCUUCCUCUUCUUUCAACUUGUCGUGUCAUCCUUAUGAGACUUAUGCUUUGCUUCAUUUCAAGUCCUCAUUCACUCUAAGUACCGCUUAUUAUCCUUGUAAUGAAUCUCCUAUGAAAACAACAACAUGGCAAAAUGAGACUGAUUGUUGCUCAUGGCAUGGUGUCACAUGCAACACCAUCUCUAGUCAUGUGAUUGGCCUCAACCUUGGCUGUGAAGGCCUUACAGGUAUAUUACAUUCUAACAGUUCCAUUUUUCAUCUUUCUCAUCUCCAAACACUCAAUCUUUCUUCCAAUUAUUUCUCCAAUGUUUCUUUUGGCUCCCAAUUUCAUUCUAAGUUUGGUGGAUUUCAGAGUCUCACUCAUCUUGACCUGUCUAACUGUGAUUUUCAAGGAGAAGUUCCUCCUCAAAUAUCAUAUCUUUCUAAAUUAACAUCACUUCAUCUCUCUGCCAAUAGUGAAUUGAUUUGGAAAGAAACCACUUUGAAGAGACUUGUGCAAAAUGCAACAAAUUUAAGAGAGAUGUUUUUGGAUGGCACAAAUAUGUCUUCAAUAAGACCAAACUUCCUUAGUUUUCUCUUUAAUCAUUCUUCCUUUUUGGUUACUCUUCAUCUCAAAAAUUCAAGAUUAAGGGGUGACUUCAAACAAAGCAUUCUCUGCUUACCAGCUAUUCGUGAGUUAUAUAUGUCAAAAAAUAACCUUACUGGCCAGCUUCCAAAAUUCAGUUGCAGUAACUUUGUUAGACUUUUGGAUUUUUCAUUUAAUGGUUUUCAAGGACACAUUCCUCCGUCAUUUUCUAAUCUCACAUCUCUUACUUAUCUAAGUUUAACGGGAAACUCUCUUAACGGUUCAAUUCCAUCUUCACUUUUAACUUUUCCAUAUCUAACUCAUCUAGAUCUCUCGUCAAAUGAACUUAGUGGUCAAAUCCCAAAUGUAUUUCACCAAUCAAAUAGAUUUCAAAAGUUAGAUUUGAGUUAUAACAAACUUACAGGUGAUCUUCCAAUAUCAAUUUCAAACCUUCACCAUCUCAUUUUCUUAGACCUUUCAUCCAAUUCAUUUAUUGGACAAAUUCCUUCUUCAUUAUUUAACUUGAAUCAACUUCUGACAUUAGAUUGUUCUGAUAAUAAAUUAGUGGGGCCCCUAAUCAACAAAAUUUCAGGGUUUCAAAAACUAACUUAUUUGAUUUUACAUAACAACUUAUUAAAUGGAACAAUUCCUUCCUCCUUGUUAUCCUUGCCUGAUUUAAAAGUAUUAAAUCUAGCAAACAAUCGACUGACGGGACCUAUCAGGGCAAUCUCAUUGUAUUCCUUAGAAGAGCUUUAUCUAUGCCAAAAUAAGCUACAAGGCAAUAUUCCAAAAUCACUUUUUAGCCUUCCAAACAUUACUAUACUUUGUCUAUCAUCAAACAACUUAACCGGAGUUGUUGAUUUUCACCACUUUUCUAAACUUCAAAAUUUGCAUUCUUUGUCCCUUUCACAUAAUAGCCAAUUAUCACUAAAAAAUGAAUCCAAAGUCAAUUACAAUUUUUCUGAACUAAUUUUAUUGGAAUUGUCUUCUUUGAGUUUGAAUGAAAUUCCCAGAUUUUUAAAAAAUUGUCCAAGAUUGUAUUCUCUUGAUAUGUCCAAUAACAAAUUGAAUGGAAGAGUGCCUGAUUGGUUACUUGAAACAAUGAAUUCAAUUGGAUUUUUGAAUCUCUCUCAAAACAUGUUCACAUCAAUAGAUCAAAUCUCAACAAGUAGCUACCGGCUUGGUUCCCUUGAUCUUAGUUUAAACUUACUACAUGGUGAACUUUCUUCUUCAAUUUGCAACAUGAGUUCACUACAAUAUCUCAAUCUUGCACAGAAUAAAUUGACAGGCACCAUUCCACCAUGCCUUGUUAGUUUAUCGUCUCUUCGAGUUUUGGAUCUACAAAUGAACAAUUUUUAUGGAAUUCUGUCAAAUAAAUUUUCGAAGGACAGUCAACUUCUUAAUUUGAAUCUUUUUGGCAACCAAUUAGAAGACCAGUUGCCAAAGACUUUGUCCCAUUGCAAAAAUCUGGAAGUUUUAAAUCUUGGUAGCAAUAGAAUAGAAGACAAAUUUCCUUAUUGGCUUCAAGCUCUGGAAAAUUUGAAAGUGUUGGUUUUGCGAGACAAUAAGUUGCAUGGUCCCAUUUCUAAUCUAAGGACCAACUAUUCAUUUCCAAAUUUAAUGAUUUUUGAUAUCUCAGGCAAUAAGUUUAGUGGCCUACUUCCAAAAGAAUUAUUUAAAAAGUUUGAAGCCAUGAAAGAUGAGGAUGCAAGAUUUUCAUAUAUGGAAGAGUCAUUGAAUUUUUACAGUCAGCUUAGUAUUAUAUGGUACUACGAUUCUGUGACCUUGAGGAUUAAGGGGAUCAAUUCCAUAUUGGUGAAAAUUUCAACGAACUUUGCAACUAUUGAUAUGUCAAGAAAUAAAUUUGAAGGAGAUAUUCCAAAUGUUGUUGGAGAGCUUCAUGCACUCGUAGGGCUUAACCUUUCCCAUAAUAAACUCACUGGUAAUAUCCCACAAUCCAUGGGAAACUUGACGAGCUUGGAAUGGUUAGAUCUCUCAUCGAAUAUACUCAAUGGUAUGAUUCCUGCAUAUUUAACCAAUUUGAAUUUUCUUGAAGUCUUGGAACUUUCCAAUAACCAUCUUGUGGGGGAUAUACCUCAAGGAAAGCAGUUCAACACAUUUUCAAAUGUUUCAUAUGAAGGAAACUUGGGGUUAUGUGGAUUACCCUUGUCAAAGAAGUGUGGACCUGAACAACAUUCCCCAUCUUCAUCCAACAAGUUUUGGAGUGAAGAGAAAUUUGGAUUUGGAUGGAUACCAGUGACAAUUGGAUAUGGAUGUGGAUUUGUGUUUGGAAUAGGCCUUGGAUAUUGCAUGUUUCUAAUUGGAAAACCAAGAUGGCCUGUGAUGAUAUUUGGUGGGAAGCCUAAGAGAAGAGUGAAAAGAAGAACAAGAGUGAGGAGAACUAAUCAUUCAAACAUGAAUCAAAUGAUACAAAUGUCAUAGUUUUAUUGAUGUGGUAAAUUUUCUUUAGUGUUAGUUUUUGUAUUCUAUUUAAAAUAAGCUUGAUCAUUCGUGUUUGAUCAACAAGUUUGAUUUUGUAUCGUAAACUUGCGUUGGU